GAGAAUGAUGGCCCCUAUUCGCAUCUCUGGUCCCGAUGAUCCCUCUCCCUAGGCCCCACCGGAUGCGCUCAUCCCUACGGCGGCGACUGUGGCAUUCGCGAGAUGCUCCUGGAAUAAGAAUACAGACAUCAGAUGUCCACCUCGAGGAAUAUCAUCACAGGUCUUGUGGAAGGUCUCAUCAAGUAUCUCACGUUCAAACUUCCUCCACCCGCUCUCCUCGGCGUCUCUUGGCUCUCAUGCUGCACGCCGAGUCAUGUACACACAUUCUGAUCAAUCCUUGCGUCAGUGUGCAGGAAGCGUAGCCUCACUUCUCUCUAGCACUGUCUAGUCUACUUGACGAGAAGGCGGCACAUGGAGUGCAUAUCCAAACGACCAGCGGAGGUGAAGUCGAGAAUAGCCGCCAUUGCAUCAUGAGACCGCUGCCCCACAUGCGAUUCCAUAUGCUUACAGCACCUGCAUCCUGCGCUGACCACCCCUAUACUAAUUCCGAAGUAUUUUGUCUCCUGAACAGCCACAUGAGCUCAAUCUGUACCUGCGCGCGAGAUCGAACUGCUACAUUGCUUGCGUGAUAGCUUCCUACCUCCUGACGACGAAAAUUGGACCGAUAUCGACACGAUCCCAAACAUGGACGACCUGAAGAAACUCGCCCUGAAGCUCGGCAAAAACGGUCCAGUCCGCACCCUCCAAACACCACGUCUCAUCCAAGUCCUCUUCAACGGCCGUUACAUCGUCAAAACCACAAAAUCCGUCUUCGUCUGGGAACACCCAUACUACCCACAAAUCUACAUCCCCGCCUCCGAAAUCGAAUCCUACUUCUCCGCCCGCUCCGACGACCUAAAAAUCACCCCGGGCCUCGAAAUCCACGACUCAGAAAACAACCUCCUCGCCACACAAUGGACCCUAACCGUCUCCUCCAAGCCCGUCGAAAAAGUCCUAGCCUUCUCCCCCAACCUCCCCGAACCCGCAAACUCCCUCUCCAACCUCGUCAAAAUCGACUUCGAAUCCAUGGACCAAUGGUUCGAAGAAUCCUCGAAAAUCUUCGUGCACCCGAAAGAUCCGUUCAAAAGAAUCGACAUUCUGCAAUCGACCCGACACAUCCGCGUCAGCAUAGCCGGCCACGUCGUCGCCGAUACGGAUACUUCGAUGCAUCUCUACGAAACCGGGUUGCCGUGUAGAUACUACAUGCCUCUAACGCGAGUGGACGCGAGCGUUCUGCGACCGAGUACGACGGUCACGCAAUGUCCGUAUAAAGGCGAAGCGGAGUAUUAUUCUGUGGAGGUGGAGGGGAAGGUGUAUGAGGAUGUUGUUUGGUUUUAUAAUCGUCCGUUGCUGGAGAGUGCGAAGGUGGAGGGGUUGGUGUGUUUUUACAAUGAGAAGGUUGAGAUUGAGGUUGAUGGGGAGAGGUUGGAGAAAAAUGCGGUAAUGCAACAAUAG